CUGAGUUCACUGAAUAACUAAUCCCUUGAGCUUAAAAUCACGACCUACCCAUCAUGAAGUCCUGGUUUCUAGCCCCUGACUUCACCUUCACUCCCGACGGACCCCUCCAGCUUGGCGCUGUCAUCCCCCAUCCCAGUCGUCCGACUCAGACCCUUGCAUCACCCCGCACCGACGCAAUCACGCUUCCUGAAGUGCAAACUCUGAUCGAGGCGAACCAUUCUCACUCAAAUGAUGUCACGCGAACAGCUGGGGUUAAUCUCUUUGCCAAGUUUGUAGAGCUUGCUUCUGCUUCUAUCGGCUACGAGACUAGUCGGCGCAAUGCUCUUGAGUAUGGAACUGUAGAUCAUGAAGUUCGGUCUCUAGUGGCUCCAUUUACGAAGGAGUUUCUGCAGAGUAUCGUCGAUACCGAGGCUGUAAGAGAGCAUAUCGACUCUGGCUUUCUUGGAAAGCGAACCGUUUACUUCGUUUCCGGGCUCAGGGUUACCAAUUCCCCAUUUACAGUCACGAAAGAGAAAGGAAGUGGACAUAAUACCUCACUUUCCGCUUCAGGCCCAGCGGGAUUCGUGCCCGUCGAGGUGGGAGGUGGCAUUUCAGGUGGAAGAGAGAGCUCAAAAACGGAUUCUUAUGAGACUGCUUCAGGCAUCAUUUUUGCUUAUCGUCUCCACGCCAUCCGCGUUCGAGGCAGCGGCAGCGUUAGCUCGGAGAUGUUUUCGCACCGCAAGCUUUUCAUGUCCGAUAGACCAGAGUCUGAUCCUAUGGAAGUCGUUGAUGUCACUGCAGAAGUUCUGAAGGCUGAUAAAGAGGAGGACGAGGCGCCAAAGUACGAGAUGGAAGAUCUGGGAGAUGGGGAAUACUGUCUCGUAGCAAAGGCAUAGACUCAUAUCUGUUUCUAUGUCACGAGUCUCCAACAGGAAAUGAAUGCGAGAAUUGGU